UGCAACAAAAGAUUCCGUUCUGUGCGAACGCUUUCGAAAACAAAAAUUUAAAAGGUGCAGAGUUUCCAGAGGAGAAGCGGGCUUUUUAGCUGUUACAAAAGGAACUAACCUGUUACGAUGGAAGUCAGACCAACCUUGUUAGUUGCCUUCAGUAUUGCAUUGAUGAUGGCUUUCGUCAAAAGCGAGGAUCCAAUUGACAAGUACAAGAAAACGAUGGAAGAGGCAUAUAAUUUAUCGGUGGCGAUCAACAACAAUCUAAAGAAUUAUGAUCGAAAGUUGCGGCCUAAUGCUGGAGGUGAGCCAGUCAUGGUCCAAGUGGAGUUUAAAGUUAUUUCAUUCGGGGAGAUUAAAGAAGUUAACAUGGAGUACAGCAUGGACAUAUUCUUCCGCCAGUGGUGGAAAGAUCCCCGAAUGAGGCAUAAUUCCUCUACUCCAUUUAACAUGGCGUUUGACCCAACGAAUGUCUUCUGGACACCAGAUACUUAUUUCUGGAAUGUUAAACAUGCAAAAUAUCACUACGUCACUAGAGAAAACAUGCGGGUCAGAAUAUCUGCGGAUGGAGAGAUAUACUUCAGUACAAGAAUAACAAUUGUAGCUCAGUGUGACAUGGAUCUGCGCCUAUAUCCAAUGGAUACCCAACACUGUGCAUUGAGAAUCGAGAGCUAUGCCCACACGGUGGCAGACGUAGACUAUAAGUGGAAAAUUGGAAAAAAUAAAGGGAUUGAGAUCGUUUCCUCAGAGAUGGCGCAGUUUGAUCUUCUUCGCGUCGUGACUGAAAACAAAGCAAGUACCAAUAGCAAAGGUUCAUUUGCCAAAUUGGUGGCGGUCUUCUCCUUCAGACGUCGUCUUGAUUAUUACAUUUCAUCUGUGUACGUACCGGAGGUCAUCCUAGUAGUGCUGUCAUGGUGCACGUUUUUCAUCACACCCACAGCUGUUCCGGCAAGAAUAUCACUCAGUAUCACCACUAUCCUGACUACCAUCCUUCUAUCCAGCUCCUUAAACUCAAAUAUUCCAAAGGUCAGUUACAUGAAAGCCGUAGACUACUUUAUGCUGACGUCGUUCGGCUUCAUUUUCACUGCUCUGGUGGAAUAAAUCAUCGUGCUGAACACUCCUGAGGCAUUUUCGGAUAGUUGCUACUGCUUCAGGAAGAAGCAGAAGAAUAAACCAGUUCAAGCUCAGGACGGACCAGAGGAGUUAAUUCUUAAAAUCAAUGCUUCUCCGAAGAAAUUGGACUUGGGCAAGCCCAGCAGACCACCUGAAACUAAACCAAGCGCCCCCAAGGAUCACUGGGUUGACAAAUGCUCCCGUAUCCUUUUCCCGACCUUUUAUGCCCUUUUCCUCAUGGCAUAUGUCAUACAUUACAAGAGCAAAGAAUGAGGGAACACUCCUGCGACUGGUCAUCUAAUGGAGUGAUGCCAAUUCAUGAGUAAUUCGUGGUUGUCUGUCUUCAUGGUUGUACGGAGUACAUUAUAAUUACUUGAACAAAUCAAUUUGCAGUCAUAUUGGAAUAUUCCAGCUUACAGUCUUCGCGACCCAAAAGUGACGUGAGGAACCAGUGAGGCUACGCGAAAAUUUUUAAGUUUAUAUCAACUGUUAAUAUGCAUAUGAUAAGAAAAUAUUUAUUUUGGUAGCUGAAUUGUGAUGUGUGGAGGCUUUCGCUCUUCUAUGAAAAACUCAGGAAAAAAUUUUAUGCGCUGUGAUGACAAACUGCAACCUUCGCAAGUGCAAUUGCAACAAUGCUAAUACAGUGUAAAUUGAUAUAUCAUUAUUAUGAGAAUCAUAAGAAGAGUAAUAUUAUACUAUAAUAUUCAUAUUAUGAUAUUCAUGUAAAAGGAAUGGUUGGGAAAUCUGCCAGAAAACUUGAGAAUGAUGCCGUAAAUAGAUUAUGCAAAUUUAGGUUGAUCUUAACUAGGCAAGAAUAUGAACCUUGGACUUAAGGCAACAAGAACUGUCGAAGAAGUAGUCGUUCUUCUCACAAAGCGUCGUUGAAACACUCCAUUCCUAUUCAGUCACAAAUAUCUUAGAUUCAAAAACGGAGUACUUCCUUCAGGGAGCUUUGGACGACCGUUACCUUUAAGAAAGUGAAAGCAAAAAACAAAUUUCUCUCAGAAGUAGUACUUUUUGAGCCGGUUUCUGGUUUGUCGUGGCGUAAAAAUCCAGGACAACUGAACAUUAUAAUUGUUUCGUUCCUGAUCAAUUCGGAGAUCUUCACACAUCUGUUGUCUAAAAUUCAAGUGUGGUGUGAAUGAAACGUUUGCUAACUGUUCCAUGCUGGGUUGUAGUUACUGGGAAACUCCUCCGUUCUAAUUGCUUGAGAAAGUUUUCAUUACUUUAUCAUUGCAUAAAUCUGGAGCGCUUCAGGAGAAAAAAAAAUGUCCUCAUUUAUCUCGAAUUUUUCCCAAACGUACCAAAUCUGCCACUUUUUGGAAAAAAGCAAAUCCCCAAUCGUCUGGAUUUUUUUUGACAUGCGUAAAACAGCGUUAAGGACCUAAUUGGAUAGCAGGCGCUCUCCCAAAACAGUGGC